AUGCUUUUAGUCAAAAGAGUUGCACCUUUCCGUAUCCAUCAUCCUUUCUACUUUAUGGCCCAACAACAGAACAUUCUCCGGUUUUUUGGAGGUGGGAAGCCUGUACCGGCACCCAAGCGCAAACUAUCCGAUCAAUCACCUGUUGAAACAAGACCACCACCAUCAUCAUCACCGUCAUCUCCCAUAAAGAGUAGCAAGAAGCUGAAGAUCAAUCCAGACAACGCAAGUGCCACGGCGUUGGAAGAUGACGCGUCUUCAUUAAAGGAUAGUGAUCUGAGUGAAGGCGAAGUUUCAACAAAGGACAAUCUCAAAGAAGCGGACGUGUUGAUCAAACUAACAGAAAAGGUUAAAGCCGAGCACGCCACGGAGAAGUUGGUUAAUGAAGGGGCAGCACUUGCGUAUUCAAAAGUCAGUAAUGUAUUCGAACGCGUCGAAUCUGAAAGCUCGCGUCUUGCCAUCACGGCCAUUGUGUCUGAGUUCUUCUUAGAAGUGCUCCAGCAAUCUACGGUUGAUAUGUUGGUCAAAGUGGUGUAUCUCUUUAUCAACAGAUUGGGACCUGAUUACGAGCCUGAUUUGGAAUUGGGGUUGGGAGAGACGUUGCUCAUCAAAACCAUUAGCGAAUGUUACGGUAGACCUCUGAGUAAGAUAAGGGCUGAUUAUAAGGAGACGGGAGAUUUAGGGAUAGUUGCUCAGAAAUCAAGAUCCGGUCAACCGACCAUGUUCAGGCCUGCUCGAUUGGAUGUCGAAGGUGUGUUCAAUACGCUUACGUCGAUAGCAAAGACCAAUGGGAAGGAUUCACAGACAAAGAAGAUCAAUUUGAUCAACCGAAUGCUAACAGCAUGUGACCCAAAGACAAGUGAAGCCAAGUUUUUGAUUCGUUCGCUUGAAGGGAAGCUUCGUAUUGGAUUGGCUGAAAAGACCAUUCAAAUAGCCAUUGCUCAAGCGUUUGUCAAUUUCGAAUCGGACUGCAAGUCUGAGUCCAAAUCUCUGAAGAAGAAGAUUAACCCCCAAACAUUGACUAAAGCCGAGGAUAUCGUACGUGAAGCGUUCUCACAAGUGCCUAACUAUGAAAUGCUUAUCCACAAUGCCUACGAUCACGGAGUUAUGAAUCUUUUAGAGCAUUCUCAACUUACUCCUGGAGUGCCGUUGAAGCCGAUGUUGGCCAAACCCACCAAAUCCAUUACCGAAGUCUUGGAUCGGUUCCAAGGCGAAGAAUUCACUUGUGAGUACAAAUAUGAUGGUGAAAGAGCCCAAGUACAUUUGUUGCCCAACGGAGAAGUUCGGAUCUAUUCCCGGAACUCAGAAGAUAUGUCUCAGAGAUAUCCUGAUUUAAUCUCUAUUGUUCAAGCAGGGGUCUUUGGGUCUCAGAAUAGAAAAGUAACUUCCAUGAUUAUGGAUUGUGAAGCUGUGGCUUAUGAUAGAAAGAAUGAUAAGAUUUUACCGUUUCAAGUCCUUUCCACCCGUAAGCGGAAAUCUGUUGAUGAAAAUGAUAUUACGGUUCAAAUAUGUUUAUUUGCCUUUGAUUUACUUUAUUUCAAUGAAGAAUCUUUAAUCACUAAAUCUUUGGCAGAGAGAAGGAAAGUUUUAUUUGAUAAUUUCACUCCGGUUGAAGGGAAGUUUCGAUUCGCUACCCAAAAGAAUUCUUCUAAUUUAGAUGAAUUGCAGCAGUUUUUGGAUCAAUCUGUUAAAGACUCGUGUGAAGGAUUGAUGGUUAAAAUGUUAAAUGGCUCUGAUUCCUUCUAUGAACCUUCCAAAAGAUCUCGGAAUUGGUUGAAAUUAAAGAAAGAUUAUUUGGCAGGAGUUGGUGAUUCUCUUGAUUUAGUGGUUAUUGGUGGAUACACUGGAAGAGGUAAAAGAACUGGAGCUUAUGGAGGUUUCUUAUUGGCUUCUUAUAAUCAAGAUACCGGAGAAUAUGAAACUGCUUGUAAAGUUGGAACCGGGUUUAAGGAUGAAGAUUUAAGCAAUCUUUAUCAGAAAUUACACCAUACAGAAAUCCUUCAACCUAAAACUUAUUAUGUUUAUGAUACUACCAAUUCCAAUGCCGUACCCGAUGUAUGGUUUGAACCUACAAUGUUAUUUGAGGUUUUAACCGCGGAUUUAUCUUUAAGUCCGAUCUAUAAGGCCGCUCAUCUGGAAUACGGAAAGGGUAUUUCAUUAAGAUUCCCUCGUUUCAUUCGUAUUAGGGAUGAUAAGGGUAUUGAAGAUGCUACAUCAUCAACGGAAAUUGCAGAGUUUUAUGAACGACAGGCAAAUGUUAAUUAA